CCCGUUUGGAGAUAGAGCUAAGUGGGCUAAGUGCCAUAUUGCUCCCUAUAAAGAACUAGGUCACAUCUGGUCUGCUAAUAUGAAGCCUUCAGCAUAGAAUAGCGGUGUGAUGCAAGCAAAUCCUGCCUUAAUUGUGUUAGAUAAUAUAACUGGGAGUGAUGGAUUCAAACCCGCAGCAGCCUGGUGUGAGAAUCAAUCAAAGAGCCACUAAAAUGUACGUUAAAUAUUACUCAUGUUUUAUUUUAUCAUUUAUUUCACAGAUGCCCCCCCUUUGGGGGAGGCAGGCAAAUCAGACACCCUGGGGUCGACCGGCUCGGCCAGGAAAAGGGGAGGGGGGGCCAAGAAGGCGAUGCAGGCCAACAAAUCUGCCCUCCGGGCCCCCCGAGCUCUCUGCUGCCUCACCUUGAGCAACCCCAUCCGCAUGGCAGCGCUGGCGUUGGUGGAGUGGAAGCCCUUUGAUAUUUUUAUUCUGCUCGCCAUUUUUGCCAACUGUGUGGCCAUGGGGGUCACUAAACCGUUCCCGGAUGACGAUUCCAACCCCACCAACCACCAGCUCGAACAAGUGGAGUACGUCUUCCUCGUCAUCUUCACCAUUGAGACCUUCACCAAGAUUCUGGCCUACGGCCUGGUCAUGCACCCCAGCGCCUACAUCCGCAGCGGAUGGAACUUGCUGGAUUUCAUCAUUGUCAUCGUCGGCUUGUUCAGCGUGAUGGCAGAGGGCAUGACAGACCAUAAACCUGGAGAGGCCCAUCACGCUGCGGGGAAGCCUGGAGGUCUGGACGUGAAAGCCCUCCGAGCGUUCAGGGUGCUGCGACCGCUGCGUCUCGUUUCUGGAGUGCCAAGUCUGCAGAUUGUGUUGAACUCCAUCAUGAAAGCCAUGGUCCCCCUGCUGCACAUCGGCAUGCUGGUCAUGUUUGUCAUCAUAAUCUACGCCAUCAUCGGCUUGGAGCUCUUCAUCGGCAGGAUGCACAAGAGCUGCUACGACACCAGCACAGGCCUCAUGGUGGAGGAUGACCCGUCCCCCUGCGCGUUCGCCGGGAGCGGGCGCUUCUGUGUCACCAACGGCACGGAGUGCAGGGGAAAGUGGGAAGGUCCCAACGGCGGGAUCACCAACUUUGACAACAUUUUCUUCGCCAUGCUGACAGUUUUUCAGUGCAUCACCAUGGAGGGAUGGACAGACGUCCUCUACUGGAUGAACGACGCCAUCGGAUUCGAGAUACCCUGGAUCUAUUUUGUGUCUUUGGUCAUCUUCGGGUCGUUUUUCAUCAUCAAUCUUGUGUUGGGUGUUUUGAGCGGAGAGUUUUCCAAGGAAAGAGAGAAGGCGGUGGCGCGAGGGGAGCUGCAGAAGGCCCAGGAGAGCAAGCAGAUGGAGGAGGACAUGAUAGGCUACAUGGACUGGCUAAUAGAAGCAGAGGACGUGGACGAGGAAGGCAACAAGCGAGCUGCAAUCGCAAAGAAAAAGAUGAUGAAGAAGUUUGGCUGGUACAAACACAGCGAGGACGGAGGAGAGUCCGACUCCGAUGACGACAUCGCGUACCUCGAUGACGACUCCGGCUUCUGCGCUUCCCUCAUGGCGAAAAUGAUGGCAAACAGCUUCUGUGACCAGUUGUGCCAGCUCAACCACACUUUCAGGAAGAACUGCCGUGUUGCCGUGAAGACCACCAACUUCUACUGGCUGGUGCUGCUACUCGUGUUCCUCAACACCGUGGCCAGCGCCUCCGAGCAUUACGGUCAGCCCAAGUGGCUCACGGAGCUGCAAGAGCGAGCCAAUAAGAUCCUGCUGCUGCUCUUCACCCUGGAGAUGCUGAUGAAGAUGUACGCCUUUGGUCUUCAGAUAUAUUUUAUGGCUUUGUUCAACCGCUUUGACUGCUUUGUGGUGUGUGGCGGCAUUCUGGAGACGCUGCUCGUGGAGAUGGACGUCAUCCCGCCCAUCGGCAUCUCGGUGCUGCGCUGCAUCCGACUCCUCCGGAUCUUCAAGAUGACUCGGCACUGGGCCGCCCUCUCUGAUCUGGUCACCUCACUGCUCAACUCCAUGAAAGCCAUUUGCUCCCUUCUGCUCCUGCUCUUCCUCUUCCUCAUCAUCUUCGCCUUGUUAGGAAUGCAGUUGUUCGGGGGUAAAUUUAACUUUGACGAAACGCAGAUGAAGAGGAGCACCUUCGACUCGUUCCCUCAGGCUCUGCUCACGUGUUUCCAGAUCCUCACCGGAGAGGACUGGAACGCCGUGAUGUACGACGGCAUCAUGGCGUACGGAGGGCCCAUCUUCCCCAACAUGGUGGUGUGCAUUUACUUCGUCAUCCUCUUUGUCUGCGGUAACUACAUCCUUCUCAAUGUCUUCUUGGCUAUUGCUGUGGACAACUUGGCAGGAGGUGGAGGAAAGAAAAAAGUGGAAGAGAAAAAGGAGGAGGAAGAAGAGUGGGAUGAAGACGAGGAGAAAGAGGAUGAGGAUGCAGGGAAUGAAGAGGAUGAUUGGCCGGAGAACGAAGAGCUGAGAGCCAUCGAGGGACUGGAAGGAGUCGCUCCACUGAAGCCGGAAUUCUCCGGUCCUAAAGAGAAGAUUGUGCCGAUCCCAGACGGAAGCUCCUUCUUCAUCCUCGGAAAGAAAAACUGCUUGCGAGUCGCCUGCCACAACCUCAUUCAUCACCCCUACUUCACUAACUUCAUCCUCAUCUUCAUCAUCCUCAGUAGCAUUUCUCUCGCUGCCGAGGAUCCAAUCAAAUCCCACUCAUUCAGGAACAUUGUGCUGGGAUACGCAGAUUAUGUCUUCACCUCCGUUUUCACCGUGGAAAUCGUACUCAAGAUGACGGUUUACGGAGCGUUCCUGCACACGGGCUCCUUCUGCAGGAACGCCUUCAACCUCCUGGACCUGCUGGUCGUCAGCGUCUCCCUCACAUCUUUCUUCCUACAUUCAAGCGCCAUCUCUGUGGUGAAGAUUCUCCGUGUUCUUCGGGUUCUCCGGCCUCUUCGAGCCAUCAACAGAGCCAAAGGAUUAAAGAACGUGGUUCAGUGUGUGUUCGUGGCCAUCCGCACCAUCGGCAACAUCCUGAUCGUCACAACCCUCCUUCAGUUCAUGUUUGCUUGCAUUGGGGUUCAACUUUUCAAGGGCAGAUUCUACAGCUGCACAGAUGAAGCCAAACACACUCCAGAGGAGUGCAAGGGAACGUUUGUGGUUUACAAAGACGGAGAUAUGAACCACCCCAUGGUCAGGGAGCGCAUUUGGGAGAACAGCGAUUUCAACUUUGACAACGUGCUGAUGGGAAUGUUGGCUUUAUUUACUGUUUCAACCUUUGAAGGCUGGCCACUGCUCUUGUACCGGGCUGUGGAUGCCAACGCCAUCAACCGAGGUCCUAUCUACAACUACAGAGUGGAAAUCUCCAUCUUUUUCAUCAUCUACAUCAUCAUCAUCGCCUUCUUCAUGAUGAACAUUUUUGUGGGUUUCGUCAUCAUCACGUUUCGAGAGCAGGGAGAGGCGGAGUUCAAGAACUGCGAGCUCAACAAGAACCAGCGCCAGUGUGUGUAUUACGCUCUAAAAGCCCAACCCAUCAAAAUCUACAUCCCCAAAAACCCGUCCCAGCUCAAAUUCUGGAGAAUCAUCAACUCUAGCCAGUUUGAGUACGUCAUGUUCGUGCUGAUUCUGGGAAACACGCUGACUCUGGCCAUUCAGCACUACGAGCAAUCCAAACUGUUCACCUCCGUCAUGGACAUCCUCAACAUGAUCUUCACUGUGGUUUUCACCAUUGAGAUGAUCAUCAAGCUGCUGGCUCUGCGUGCUCAUCACUACUUUAUUGAUCCGUGGAACUCCUUUGAUGCUCUGAUUGUGGUCGGGAGCGUGUUGGACAUCGCCGUCUCGGAGUUUAGUGUAAGAGAACACGGAAAAGUAUCCAUCACAUUUUUCCGUUUGUUCCGAGUGCUGAGGUUGGUGAAAUUGCUCAGCAAAGGAGAAGGCAUCCGUACUCUCCUCUGGACGUUUGUCAAAUCCCUGCAGGCCCUGCCAUAUGUCGGCCUCCUGAUCGCCAUGAUCUUUUUCAUCUAUGCUGUGAUUGGCAUGCAGAUGUUUGGGAAGAUAGCUGUGGAUGAUGAAACAGAAAUCAACAGAAACUGCAACUUCCAGACUUUCUUCAUGGCAGUUCUGGUGCUUUUCAGGUGUGCCACCGGAGAGCAGUGGCAGCAGAUCAUGCUGGGAGCUCUGCCCGGCAGACGCUGCGACCCAGAAGCUGACACCGAGCCCGGUGAAGAGUUCACCUGUGGCAGCAACCUGGCCUACAUUUACUUCAUCAGCUUUUUUAUGCUUUGCGCUUACUUGAUUAUCAACUUGUUUAUCGCUGUCAUUAUGGACAACUUUGAAUAUCUAACAAGAGACUGGACCGUGUUGGGGACUCACCAUCUGGAUGAGUUCAAGAGAGUCUGGUCUGACUACGACCCAGAGGCCACCGGUCGGAUCAAACACAUCGACGUGGUCACCAUGUUACGCAGGAUUCAGCCCCCUCUCGGUUUUGGAAAGCUGUGCCCUCACCGCGUGGCGUGCAAAAGGCUGGUUGCUAUGAACGUCCCGCUGCAUGCUGAUGGGACGGUCACCUUCAACGCCACUCUGUUUGCUCUUGUGAGGACCUCGCUUAAGAUCAAGACUGAAGGACCCAUUGAUCAACAGAAUGAAGAACUGAAGAUUAUUAUAAAGAAGCUUUGGAAAAGAACUAAACCAAAACUCAUCGAUGAGGUCAUUCCGCCCCCUAGAGGGGAUGAGGUGACCUGUGGGAAGUUUUACGCCAGCUUCUUGAUUCAAGAUUACUUUAAAAAGUUUCGCAAGAGAAAAGAAAGAGAGAGGAAAUCUAAGAAGAAAGACAAGGCAGCGGCUCUUCAGCAAGGUCUGCGGACGCUGCAGGACCUGGCCCCAGAGAUGCGCCUGGCCAUGGCCUGUGACCUGGAUGAAGAGGAGGCCACGGAGGGAGAGAUGACGGGCGACGAGAUAUUCGACAGUGAGGCCGGAACUUCUGUGAACACCACACCGGCCCCCUCGCCGAUGCCACCUUUUGAGGUGCUGGUGGAGCAGACCGCCAUUUUCAUUGAGCCGCAGCCUAAGGCGGCCAACGGGGGAGUCAUCACCGAGCAGGUGAACGGCCUGCAGGAGCAUCAGAAACCAGGAUCCGAGCUGGCGGGGGUCAGCGUUGUUACGGAGCAGCCGCUGCGGUCCGAGCCUCUGCCCGUCAGUGUGGUCUCCGUCUGCGAGUCUCCUCUUCCUCCUCUUCCUCCUCCCCCGGAGCUGCUGGUGGAAAGUGAGCCGGUUGUUGAAGUGGCUCCAAGUGCAGCGACAGAACAGUUUUAUAGCAGUGAGAUGGACGCUGCAAGCCUAGCAUCAGUAGACGGGUAUUCCUACCCAGAACCCAUGUCUCCUUUACCGACGGAUUCAGGCUUCAAUGGCCAAAGUCUGGAUGCCACCAGCAGCAUGGGAGAGAUACACUACGACACUCCCGUCGCUAACGACUUUAUCGACAACGGCUACAGCGACGCCAACAUCAACGUGGAGAGUGCCGCCGUAAGCCCCACCCCCUACGAAGAAAACAUGCACAACGGCAACGGAUACUCAGGUUACCACGGCAACGGCGGCGCCAGCAUCAACGGCAACGGGAGCACGGUGAGCGGCUUCAAUGAAAACGGCAGCACGUUCAGCGGGUACGACCACGGCUACGGCGAGAACGGCGGCUCGUCACAGUUCGUCAGGAGACGCCUCCUCCCCUCCAUCCCAAAAGGCCGUAAGCCCGCCUUCAACUUCCAGUGUCUGCAGCCGCAGAGCAGUGUGGACACCCUCCCCAUCCCCGGCAACUAUCAAGGCAACACCUCCCCAACCAGAUCCCGCCUGCAGGCCCAGCUCAGCCUGGACUCACGGCCCAGCAGCGUGUCCUCCAUGUCCACUGCCUCCUGGGCCAACACGGCGGCAGCUGGCACCACCCCUGUUCCGGGCUUAAUCGCCCCCUCAGGGCGGCGGGGCAAGCUGAUCUACACCCCUAUGAUCCUCGUGGAUGAAUCCACCGGGACGAGUCAGCCGCUGUGGAGCGACGGCUCUGCCAGCCUGCCGGCAGGGAGGCGCUCGGGCUGGUACCCCGGCCAGACCAGGACCUUCACCAGCGUUCGGAUGCCGCCGUCUGUCAACCCGAGCUUUGUGGAAAAAGGGAGCGCGGACAGUCUGGUGGAGUCGAUUUUGAUCUCGGAGGGUCUGGGUGUUUACGCCAGGGACCCAAAGUUUGUGACCUUUGCCAAGCGAGAGAUUGCCGAAGCGUGCCACAUGAGCCUGGAUGAAAUGGAGAACGCCGCCGCCGACCUGAUCGCACGCGGAGCCAGCCAGUCGCUCUCCCGCUUCGAGGACGAACUCGCCGAUGAAAUGAACUGCGUGAUAUCUUACUGAAGGAAGACUCAAAAGCUUCAGAGCAAAAGAAAUCACUUCUCACGUGUGGUGUGUGUCUAUGCUGAGUGUGAAGAAAGACCGCUUGUGUUUCUGAACUUAUAUAUAAUGAUCAUGUAUGAAGCACUUUUGUUUAUGAAUGCCAAAACACACAAACACACUGAUUUUAAAAGCUCUAAAUAUUUCUAAAUCGUAAAAAAUGUGUCACUUUUUUCCUCGUUUUCUUUUUUUGUACUUAAAAUAAAACCUGAAUAUAUGAAAAUAUUAUCACAUAUUGAUCAAUACAAUUGUUUCGAACAGAGAUGAGGUCUGUUCAAAAGCAUUAUAUUUUAGAGAAAUAUUUAGGUGAACUGAAUAUCCUCUAAGGUGCAGAGUAAAAACUUGUAGCAGAAGUGAUUAAAAAUGUUUUGGGAUUUGUGGCUGUACCACAAACACAUAUUAAAUAUGUUU